UGGUUUCGCUUCCUGAAACUACCACGGAACUGAAUUCUCUUUUAACGCAUUUACCGCGUUAAUUAUAGUGAAGUAACUUUACCAGUGCACUGUCUGAAACAAUCGGUAUUCUGUCGAAGAAAACAGUCGAUACAAGAAGAAAACCAUGGAGGAAAAAGAAAUGGACCCAAAGAUGGAUGUGGUCGAAGAGGUGAUAAUUAAGGACACUGUAUUAUCCGUGGAUACGACGGACAAGAAGUCUCAACCGUACAAACAGUCAAACACUUAUGCCGCCAAAAAAACCGUAGCGCAAGGCAUGAUGGAUAUUGCGCUGAUCACUGCCAACGCUAAUCAAUUGAGAUAUCUAAUCGAGUAUCAACGACAAAGCCCGACUUUCUACAUUAUUUUGAGUUUGAUCAUUAUCAGUCUUUUGCUUCAGGUUGCUGUGGGCGUUAGCUUGAUCUUUAAAGGCCGAUUCGACAUAAAAGGACAGUCAAAAUCAGUAAACGCACGAAGGAUCAACAAUUAUGUCGUCGUUGGUGUUUUUCUUAUAACAAUUAUUAAUGUGUUUAUAGCCGCGUUUAGUAUAACUGUGCCUCCCACAACACAACCACUGAGACAAAUAGGAAAUGAUGACAUGUAGAUGAUCUAAAUUAUCAGUGGCUUAUGCACAAAUAUUUUAUGUUCACUUUUUAAGUAUUCUAAUUACACAGAUGUUGAUAAUGUUACUAUAACUUAUAAUUAUAUUAUUUUCGAAUCUGUCCCUUUUAAAAGUAAACACGAAAUGUUUGUGCAUUAACCCAUUGUUAUUAAACAGCAGCAUUUAGUGGAUCUCUGAUCUUUUACAAUGAUUUUAGAACUCUCUUUUUGGUCAACUGACUGAACAUUAGUAUAUAUGUAUAUGUAUGAAUAUGUGUAUGUGAUGUAGACAAUUUUUUGAUACUUUU